AUCACUGUGGCCAUAAUGAUCUAUUCUUUGCAACGUUUCUUUGAUGUCUUGCCUGUCUGUUUGCCCUUUGGUUUAUGAGUCGAAAAAGCUUGCCGUCAGAAAGGCGCCCCCAACAUGCUGCUUUUCCAGCAGGUCUGUCUUUCCCUCGGGACGCAGUGACAUGAGAGCAGGACCUCGGUUCUGAUUAGGAAGGGGGAUGAACAACACUCCGCCUGGAUUACGGUUGCUCAGGCCUCCGACAGUGAUAGGCCAGUUCCACACGCUGUUUUUUGGCUCUGUGCGUACCUUUUUUCUUGGAGUCCUUGGAUUUGCUGUCUACGGCAAUGAGGCCCUGCACUUCAGCUGUGAUCCGGACAAGAGGGAAUUAAACCUUUACUGUUACAACCAGUUCAGGCCUAUAACACCUCAGGUUUUCUGGGCGUUACAGCUAGUCACUGUCUUGGUACCUGGAGCAGUGUUUCAUCUUUAUGCUGCCUGUAAGAAUAUAGACCAGGAGGAGAUCCUUCAUCGGCCGAUGUCCACAGUCUUUUACAUCAUCUCUGUCCUGUUAAGAAUAAUUCUAGAAGUCUUAGCGUUUUGGCUACAGAGCCACCUUUUUGGUUUCCUGGUUGAUCCUAUUUUCAUGUGCGAUGUCACCGGCCUUGGAAAGAUCCUCAACGUCUCAAAGUGCAUGGUUCCUGAACACUUUGAGAAGACCAUCUUCCUCAGUGCAAUGUACACCUUCACCAUCAUCACCAUACUGCUCUGUAUUGCUGAGAUUUUUGAGAUACUGUUCCGAAGACUUGGCUAUUUAAACCAGCCAAUGACUUAGUGUUUGUGUGAUGCUGCCCUAACAGUAUUUGUUUUGUGUCUUCUGGAUCACCGAAUGACAAACUGGACAUAAACCUACAUACCUCUGCAUUUUCUGGUGGUGGAUACAGAAAGAUAUGCUUUUAAAAAAACAAAACAGACAAAUUAUUAUAUAUUUUCUGAAUGAUUUUAACUAAAGAAAUUUAAUUAUUGACAAGGAAUUAAUCUUUUUAACAUCUUAUUUUUUUUUGUUUGCUUCAUUUAUUGGCCAAUUAAGCUAAUUUAAACAAAACAUUUAGCAAGUAAUUAUUAUUUUCUUAUUCAUAUUUUUACCACACAAAUAGCAAGAACUAUUUUGAUAAAUAGAGUUUAUUUUCAAAAUCAACAAGGAUUGGCCAUAAAACAAAACAUAAUUUUCUGAAAAGAUUGUUGAUUGGUUCAUAGCAUUGCGCAACUUUUGCCACAAUCAUGCACAGACAAUACAUACAUCAUGCUGCUGAUUUCCAUAUAGUUUUCAGUAUGAUAUUGUUUGCUUGUAGUAUUUGUAUCUGUAUGUUUUUAUCAGGCAUCCAUCCAACUUUUGUUAUUAUUCUCAGCUAAGUGUUUCAUCUCAGGUACAAAAUGGCAUACUGUGAACUCUUGUGUCAGCUGGGUAACUGUUUAAUACAUGACAAAUCUACACUUUAUGUUAUAUACAAUCAUCUGAGGGGAUCUGACAGCAGAUCUGGCCUGUAAAUCUUUCCACAGUUGCCUUCCCACUAUUUCAACACCACAGCUGUUUGAGUAAUAGCUUUUAUGUUUUGAUUUGAUCAUUUCUAUUGGUUUCUGAUCAGUGUCUGUGGGAUUUAUGAUAUGGUUAUGCAUGAAAAUCUAUAGGUCAUUGGUACAUAUAUUAUGACUGCCGUCACGUAUGAUCAAGUUUAUGGAGAUAUUUAGUGUUAAGUAACUCCUGGUCAGAAUAAACAGAUCUGCUUGUGUAUCCA